AUGGCGUUAAAGAAGAAGGCCACGAAAGUGCAAGAACAACUUUAUAUGCUCGAGGUGAUGAUCGAUGGAAUAACCUUGAAUCCUGAACGAGGCGUUUCUGAGGAUCUGAUCGUUCGCGUGAGGUUCACCGAUCUACCGGAAUGCGAGAUAUCGGUUCCUAACAAGAACAUCGAAAAGGAGGAUGCUAGUCCUAACGAAUUCGGGUACGGAAAGACUUGUUUGUUCAGCAAAACGCCCAGCUGCCUGAUCAGAGCCAUGCGAUGGUCGCCGCUGUAUUUGGAUGCGUAUCGUUUAGAGCCCACCUGCCCUACGAAAGAAAAUCAAACUUUCCUGGGUACAGCGAGGAUAUCCUUGCCCACCUGUAUGUGCAACCACGUAGCCAAAACCCAGAAAGAAAGCACACCAACCUCCACGCCGUGUGUAGUGAAAAAAACGUUCGACCUGAUCGGUUCCGAAAGCGAAACAAUUGGCAGGGUAUCGGUGGUCCUCAGAUUGUCCUGUUUCGGCAGCUCGAUCGUCAAACAGUUCUCUUUGAACGAGAAGUCCUUCGUUCUGGAGGAUUCGCCGCUCCAGAAAUUCCUGUGCCCUUAUCUGACUCCCGAAGGUAAAAAGGAUCCAAAGGAUGAGAAUGAACCUUUGCUGAAAAGGCCGGAUUCUCCUCCGCGAAUUUCGAUGGACGAUCCCGCCUUCAAGACCCUGACCUCCGCCGAGAAAUUAAACGACCCGAAGUACAGAGAGUUGGUGUACAAAACGUAUCCCGACCAGCCAACGUGUUGCUGUCUUCCACCGAAUCGUACGACGCAUCCCAUGAAGUGUCGGUCGGGUUGCACUCGUCCCUGCUGCAUGAAGCUGAGGAACCCAAAAAUUUUGGACACGCAGAAAGACAGACACGUGGACGACGCAUUAGCUAACACGUACUGCGUGAAUAAACCUCUGCGGUUGCUAGAUCAGUAUACUCCUCGCAGCAACCAGAGUCGUCUGAGAGGCGGCGCUGAUGUGGAGCAGCUUUACAUAGGCCCGUCCACUAUAAGAUGGAACGACGACGCGGACUACAGCUGGUACAAAGAGAAACCUAACCAGGAAAGUCGUAUGGAAGGCGGAGGAGAAAUCCAAUUUUCCAGCUGCAGCUGUUCUGGUAGCCCGACGGCGGUUCCACUCCGUUCGACCUCGUCCAAAGACAGAGACGUGGUAACCACUUUCGACGCUUGUCAGCCUCGCAUCACGUCGACUGGGCCAAAGCCCACUUGCCCUUGCCCGGGUAAAGAAGCAUCGUCGUGGCCCAGGGGUGCAGCUAGGUGCAUGAAUAAACCCUGCAUGGGGAUCGACUGCUUGAUACGAGCCUUCGAGGAAGCUCAGGAGUUCGUCAACUCCAUUGGCAAAGUGCCAGGCAUGCGCGGACUCGGCCUGAUGGACCCCUCGGAGAGCCCCUACUUCGGCAGGGACAUCGACAAGGACUACGUGACCCAGGAACCUGAGGCGCAGAAGAAAAAGCCAGGGGCUCAGCAAAGAGCGGACGCUCCUAGAUGCACCGCUCCUUGCAGCCUGAACAUGGGCAGACCCGACGACGGUCAGGCCCGGAUAGGUGCACCCUACACACCUACCGCCACUGUUGGACUACCAAUACCGCCUCGACUGGGAAUCGUACGGGAAGCUAUACCCGUUUUACCGGAAGUCGCCUCGGUGGCUGGGACCGGGAAGCACAAGAAGGCGCACGAGAAGAGGGACGAGAAGACGGACAAGUUCGACCCCAAAGUCCCCCCGUUGACAGACACGGAGGUGGGUCCCUGCGGCGAACCCAAGUGCAAGUCAAGGAGAAAGAAGCCUGCGGACACUAUGAGUCUCAACCAAAGCGAAAACAUAACCUUCAGAAUGAAGGCCGAUGUGAAAAAACCGAAGUCGCGAAAUCGCAAGAAGAAGGAAAAAGGGAAAAGAGGUCGUCGCGAAAAUAAUCCACAGAGUAGUGCGCUCAGCAAAACCGGUAUGAAAGUCGGAGGCUCAGGUCUGCAGGGUAAGAUUGAUCCCAGAGAUAGCGAGAAGAUGAUGCGCAAAAUGGGGCCAGUGGGACCUGGCGGUGAUCUGUAUUCUGGCAUGCCACUCAACGUCAGCAGGAAAGUAAUGCGGUAUGUUUACUUUGUCGGUGACUAUUAUCCGGGAAUAGUGUACGGGCACAAGGACUGCAUCCAGAUACCUAUGAGAGUUCCAGCGAAUAUGGGCUGGCUAUGGAACACCAUGACCACAGCGGGAAAACUGAAGCCGCGUAUCGGGUGGAAACCUGGAGCGAUCGGUCGGUACUUGUACGAAAUGCUGCAGGAGGCGAAGGAGAUCUCGAUGGAGCGUUCAAGAAUCGGACCUGAACGAACCAGAUCGGCACCCUCGCGAGGCAGAGCCUCUCCAAGGAGGCGGGACGACAAAACUAGGGGCUUCCAGACCAUUCAGCAGAUGAAGAUGGAGGGCGAGGACGAGGACAUUGAAGCUCCGCCGACUUUGCACAUCCACAGGAAAGAUGGCACUUAUUAUGUGACCAUGUACCCAAUCAAGCAGGAGACACCGGGUGAACCACGUGUGACCGAACCGUCGAAACCGCUUCAGUUCAAGAUCGUGAAGAACAAGGACGAUGCGUCGGUCGCCUCCAGUUCCACGGCCUCCGACAUGGAAAUCGAAUUUUCACCUCCUGCGGCGGUCAGCAGAUACCGCAAAAAGCCGGACGUUGUUCAUAUCGACACGCAAGUUCGACAGCAAGAGAUCUUAGAUGCGGUUAGGGUGGACACCACUAGAAAGGGGGGCAGAAGGAAGCACGACCCUGUGGAGUCUAAGAUGGACUCUGCUAAAAAGAAAGAUAAAAAGGAGGAUGAAGCUGCGAAGAAAGAUAAAAUGAAAAAAGACAAGAAAGGUAAAAAGUAAUGAGGAUUAAUGAUUAUAUAAAGAUUUCUAUUAUUUAGGUUUCAAAAUAUGUAUCU